GGGGCACCCUUUACUUCACAACAGGAUGUUCAGGGGCUGCAGCGCCUGGUUUUCUCAAAGCGUCAGCCAUGAGCUCCGUGGCCUUUGGGUUGCUGAAGAAGGAGUGAUCACAAACCAGGACGAUGCUGAUUAUCUGUUCAGCAGUGAUGCUUCCCACCCUGACACAAAAAGAAUACACCAGAGCUUCGAUUAUCUAGAAGACAGAGUCACUGUUUUUCAUUCUUCCUAUCUUACGGCAUGUGUCAACUCUGAAACAAAAAACUCAACAGCAUUAGGACACUUCCUCCUUCUACCUGCCUGCUUGCAGCAAGAAAUUAGGAAAAAAAAUGGCAGCUUUAUAUGGGAGCAGAUUUCCAACCCUCUGAAGUUGCAGCCCAGUCAACCUGUUGAAGUAAAGUGCCACAGGAUGGAAGAAGAGAUAAAGGCGAAGAGAGGGUUGGAGAAAAGUGAAGACAAUCAAAUCCCAGGGACGGUAGAAACAGUGAAGAUGGCAUAUAUUCCACUACAAGAUUAUCCAGCAAGCAAUAUGGUGAUAGGUUAUCCUUCUGCUAAAGAGAUGAACAAAUUCCUUGGAGAAAUACAGGAUUUCAUUCCUGGCUGCUCUGAUUACUUGGCAUACUGUAUUCCAAAUGAAACAAGUAUUUUCUCUGAUCGAAAAUCAAAAUUAAAACGGAAGUUAUAAGUAACAUUUAACAAACA